GACUUUCUUCCCUGCUGCUUCUGGCUGAGGGCGUGCAGGAUGGAGACCCUGGAUGAAUUCGACAGCGAGUACCCGCUCAUCUUCUCCUUCUGCGAGCGGAUCUCCUCCCGGGAUUACGAGGGCCAGGCCCUGAGCUACACCCAGAAGUCCCUGCAGGACCUUUUCACCCAGAUGGAGCAGAACCCUGGCAUCUGCGAGCGGGUGGUGCGCAAGAGGAAGCAGGCAAAGAACGAGCGGGGCAGCUUGGGGCAGUACCUCAAGGCCAAGUUCUUUGCCCUGCUCCAGGGCGAUGUGAAUUACGGCAACUCGCUGGGGGACAUGGAAAUGGAGGAACAAGUAGAGCAACUGAAGCGUGAGAUGGAGAAGGCCAACAGUUAUGCCCGCGCUGCCAAGCGUUCGUCCUGGAGGCUGGCCGAGAGAAGGAUCGGGAGGCCUGUUCUGAUGGGAGGGUUCAGCCAGGCUGAGGCCAAGCUCUGGGAUUCGGGGCUUCCGGCCAUGCCCAGGAUCUUCGGUUCUUUCCCAAAGCGGGUUGAGAGAAGCAAUACAGACUUGAAGCAGCUUUGGGCCGGCAUGUCGCCUGUUAAUCAAAAGAGCAUGGUCGACCUGCGCCCGCUGAUGCUGAAUCCUGGUGGCUUUCGUCCCUCAUUUCUCACUAGCAGCUCUGUCAACAGGCUGCAAUACACUUUCCCAAGGAUUCCUGCCAGCAGCUCACCCACCUCAUCUUCCCAAAGUCCCGGCUCUUCCACCACCACGUCAGUUUUCAACACACCCGUGCUGGCCAAGUUCAGAGGCAAUAAGGAGGACGAGACGGAUAAGGGAAGCCCAGGCCCCGAUACAAAUCCUGCGGGUGCCUAAAUGUCUUUUCGUGUAAGGGAAGAUGCUACGCGAAUAAAAAGUUUGGUGCACGCUC